AUGGCUGGAGAAAACCAAGGUCAAACUCAACUUCACCUGGAUGCUGUUGUUGUCGGCGCUGGCUUCAGUGGCAUCGCUUCUCUGUAUAGAUUCCGCAAAGCCGGCUUCAAAGUAAAGGCUUUCGAAGCUGGCUCAUACUUUGGUGGGGUGUGGUACUGGAAUCGUUACCCUGGGGCUCGUGUCGAUUCGGAGUUUCCAUUAUAUCAAUUAAAUAUACCGGAGAUACAUGGUACCUUCAAGUACAAGUACAAAUAUCCUUCCCAGGAUGAGUUGUCAGGGUACUUUGCCCAUCUUGACAACGUCUUGAAUCUGAGCAAGGAUGUCUACUUCAAUACCGAGGUCACGAGUGCUGAAUAUGAUUCUACCAUAGAUAGAUGGAUUUUGUCGGCAGGUAACUAUGUUGUUACCUGUAAAUAUCUUGCUUUAGCCUCUGGUGCUCUCCACAGAACAAAUAAACCAAGCUUUCCCGGCUUGGAAAACUAUGGAGGGAAGGUGUACCACACAGCAGCAUGGCCUGAGGAGCUUGAUGUCAAAGGCAAAAGAGUUGCUGUUAUUGGGGCUGGGGCCACCGGUGUACAGGUUGUGCAGGAGUUGGCCAAGAAAGUUGACCACCUCACCGUCUGCAUUAGAACCCCGAGCUACUGCCUCCCACUAGGCCAGAAAGAGUUGAGUUCAGAGGAGCAAGACGAGCAGAGCCGCACAAUUCAAGAGCUUCUACAGAAGUGUCGUGACACAGUGGCGGGAUAUUAUCCUCAGAAAGCCACCGAGGGAAGCGUCUUUGAUCGCACGUCGGAAGAAAGAGAGGCUCUUUGGGAAUCACUCUGGGCCCUGGGUGGAUUUAACUUCCUUCAAGUCAACUAUAGCGACAUGUUGAUCGACCCCAAGGCAAACCGAGAGGUAUACAAUUUCUGGACAAAGAAAACACGCCCUCGCUUGACCGACCCCGUCAAAAGAGACAUCGUUGCGCCCCUCAACCCUCCAUACCCUUUCGGCACCAGAAGGACCCCAUUGGAUCGGGACUAUUACGAGUGCUUAGAUCAGCCGAACGUGGAUCUUGUCGAUCUUCGAGCUACUCCAAUUGUUGAAUUCACGAACACUGGAAUGACGACUGCGGUCGGGAGAAAAUGCGAGUUCGAUGUUUUAAUUCUCGCAACCGGAUUUGAUAGCUUUACUGGCUCGCUAACAACUAUGAAUCUCAAAACCAAGGACGGAGUACACAUCAGAGAUUUGUGGAAAUGUGGCGUACAAACGUACCUCGGGGUUUUCGUCCACGGACUGCCCAACGCUUUUCUCCUCUAUUCUCCCCAGGCUCCAACGGCACUUGCUAAUGGACCGACAUUGAUUGAAUGCCAAGCAGAUCUUAUGAUGGAAGCCAUUCAAAAGCUCGAAGCGAUGAAUGGAAGGGCCAUAGAAGCACGGGCCGAAGCACAAACAGAGUGGAGCGAGUUAUGCGAAAAGAUGGUGGAGGGCACUCUGUUCCCGUUGGCAGGCUCCUGGUGGACAGGAGCUAAUGUCCCUGGCAAAAAGACUCAGAUGUUCAACUUUAUAGGUGGGCUCAAUAAUUACGAGCAAAUAUGCCGGGACGCAGUCAAAUCCUCCAAAGGGUUCGACUUCACGACGGGUAAAUCAUCCCAGUCGACACUGCAACACGAGAAAUUGGGUGCGGUGGCUUCAAUCAGUGAUCCAGUUGCGGCAUGA